UCUGUGGUGAACCAUACCCAGCCUCACUCUUCUUCAUGUGUCUCCCCUCCCAGUCGUAUAGAGUGGGUGUGGCUGCACUGGGGCGAGUACCUGAAGGCCUACGAGGAGUUUGAGCUGUGGCUGACCAGGCAGCAGCGCAGCCUGGAUGUGGGGGUGGAGCUGCAGCUGGGGGUGAAGGAGAAGCUUUGGCAGGUGGACCAGCAGAGGGUGGGGCUGAGCGACAUCCAGGGCCAGGCGGCGCUGCUGGAGAGGCUGUUGGACGAGGCCUCCGCGCUCCACAACAGAACCCAGGACCCCAGCGUGGAUCCCCAGGCCCAGGAGGGGUUGCAGGAGGACUACAAUGAUGUCAGAGACAGGGCGGAGGAGCGUCUGUCGCUGCUUCAGAAGAUGGCUGAGGAGCACCAGACAUACCAAGGCUGCGUUCACAGGUUCCAGUCCUGGCUGCUGUCAAAAACCAAAGAGCUAACUGAUCUGAUGGAGAGGGAGGAGACAGCGGAGAACAAGCUCAAAGCCUUACAAGCUCUGGAUGACAGUGUGGCGGGAGAGGAGAAGACCCUGCAGCAAAUCGAGGGGCUGUCGGAGGCGCUGAGGGGCACCACCUCCCCCUCUGGGGCGGAGGUGGUGGUGGAGGAGGCGGAGGAGCUGAGGCUGGGCUGGCAGAGGCUGAGGCAGGGUCUGUGUGAGGGUGAGGAGGGGCUGCGCUCCAGCCUGGACUCCCAUAGUCAGUACACAGCCCGCUGCCAGAGACUGGGGGAGGACAUCGGACACCUCAGGGUGCUGCUGCAGGGCCUGGACCAGGAGCUGGGGGAGGGCCAAAACCCCCCCGACCACACCGAGGAGCAGAUGGUGGGCCAGUGGAGGAAAUACACGGCCCUGUUUUUGCAAGGGCUGGAUUCUGUGGCCAAUGAGCUGCGGCUGGGGGCGUGGGCACCGAGCGUCAUGUUACCAUGCUCUUACCCUGCUGUUACCCAUGCUGUUACCAUGCACGGCAACCUCUCAUUCCCGCUGAAGGUGGAAGUUGCCCCAUAUAGGCGGAGGCUCCCGCCCGUUUCUGACGCGUAA